UCCAUCGCUCCAGAUUGCCCAACUUGUUGAUUUCGCCAUCUCUGCUCGACUACACGACUCGGAUGAACGACCAACUUUGCCAUUGUGUCUUCUCGUAUAAGUCUGUCAAAUCCACCGUAAGCGUGCUGAGAUGAGAAAGUCGUCCAGCCGAGAGGAAUUCGACGAGCAGAGGUUCGCCUUCCAGCGGUCGAAAUCAUCCGAGGAUCAGAGGUCCACCAUUGAGCAUAGAAAGAAACUAGAGAAUCAGAGGUCCGCCAUUGAGCAUGAAAAGAUAGAGGUUCAGAGGUUCGCCAUAGAAUUGUGUCGAAAGAAGCCUAUCGCUCUGGCUUUCCUACAGAUCUCCCUCCUACCACGCUUCCGAACGCAAUCCUUAUAUAUCAUCAUAGUCAGGCACUCAAGCCAGGCAACUGGAGAAUCCACCAAGACAUAUGAGAGAAACCCAUUGAAAGCCAAGUGCAAGCAGUAACGGAUAGGGACUCUGCCGUUCGCUCAGGAUAGAAAUGCAUGACGCUCGACAUGGCUUGAUUCCAAAUGAGGUCGCGAGGACAAGAGACUUGGCCGAGGCAAGACGUCGGAGGAUAUUUCACAUCCCCCAGUCCCCU